GCGGCGGAGCCGUAGGGACGGCGGCUGGAGGGUGGGGGCCAUGGGUAAGGAUUACUACCAGACGCUGGGCUUGCCCCGGGGCGCCUCGGACGAAGAGAUCAAGCGAGCCUACCGCCGGCAAGCGCUACGCUACCACCCCGACAAGAACAAGGAGCCCGGAGCCGAGGAGAAGUUCAAGGAGAUCGCCGAGGCCUACGAUGUGCUCAGCGACCCGCGCAAGAGGGAAAUCUUCGACCGCUACGGGGAGGAGGGACUGAAGGGUGGUGGUCCUAGUAGCGGUAGCAGUACUGGUCCUAACGGCGCUUCCUUCAGCUACACUUUCCACGGGGACCCUCAUGCCAUGUUUGCUCAGUUCUUUGGUGGCCGAAACCCUUUUGACACCUUUUUUGGUCAACAAAACGGGGAAGAAGGCAUGGACGUUGAUGACCCAUUUUCUGGCUUCCCAAUGGGCAUGGGUGGUUUUCCCAAUGUGAACUUUACCCGACCCCGUCCAGCCCAGGAACACAGCCGUCGAAAACAGGAUCCCCCCGUUACCCACGACCUUCGGGUCUCACUUGAGGAGAUCUAUAGUGGUUGUACCAAAAAGAUGAAGAUCUCCCACAAGCGGCUUAACCCCGAUGGGAAGAGUAUCCGCAAUGAGGACAAGAUUCUGACCAUUGAAGUGAAAAGAGGGUGGAAAGAGGGGACCAAGAUUACCUUCCCAAAAGAGGGGGACCAAACUUCAACCAACAUUCCAGCUGACAUUGUCUUUGUUUUAAAGGACAAGCCCCACAAUAUAUUUAAGAGAGAUGGGUCUGACGUGAUUUACCCAGCAAGGAUCACCCUCCGUGAGGCCCUGUGUGGCUGUACAGUGAAUGUCCCAACGCUGGAUGGCAGGACCAUACCCAUAGUGUUCAAGGAUGUCAUCAGGCCUGGAAUGAGGCGGAAGGUUCCUGGAGAAGGCCUUCCCCUCCCCAAAACACCAGAAAAACGUGGGGACCUCAUUAUUGAGUUUGAAGUGAAUUUCCCUGACAGAAUUCCCCAGUCUUCAAGAACCGUCCUGGAGCAGAUCCUGCCUAUAUAGCAAUCUCUGUUCUCCAAGGACUGAACCAAGGACAUUUUCAAAGCUCAAAGUUUUCUGGACCAUCUCCAACAGUUGUGGGCCCCCAGGGUGGGAGGGACCACAGAGGGUUUUCAUAUGCUGAAUGUUUCCAGAGAAUAUAUUACAGUCUUUAAAAGUCUUGCAUAUUAGGCUUCAGUGGUUUUUCAAACAGUAGGUUCACAGGUAAUGGGGUAGUACACAAGCAUUCCAAGGAAUUUGACCCUCUUUAAGUGGUGCCAGUAAAACUAACCUCCUACCCCUUUUCCCAGGAACAAUCCAAGUAUUCUGUCAUCUCUAGCUCACACGCUGAGCUGUGUCAACUACCCCUAUAUACACACUCCCUUUUUUAGAUGGAAAACAUUAGACCCACAUUUGGACUCUGCUGUUCUUUAGCAGUUUUGGCUCUUAGUGUUAGUUGAUGUCUGCCUGGAGUACAGUCAUGGUUGCAAGACCAUUUCUGCUCCUCAUUGCUGUUUGUGGUGUUACUGAUAUGUAUUUUAUUCCAGCUUUGUCUUCACGUGUCUCGUUUUUGCUUCCAAAAAUAAUUACAUCCUUUCGUGCUGUCCCAUAUUGAAACCUUAUAAUUUACCUUCGGAAUUGCUUUACUGGUGUCCAAAAGCCAACAGAAAGGGAGAAAAUGGGAAACUUGACUUAGGUAACCAGUGGGGUAUUCUAAUUCUUUCUCUGUAGUCAUUUCUCUAUUAGCCCAUUCAUAGACUGGGGUCCAUUGUUGUCUUUUCCUCUUCUUGGCCCACCUGGGAUGUACAGGAUUUAGCAUUGACCCUUCAAAUCCCUUAAACCCCUGACCCAAUCUGAACAAAUGGACUCUGGACUCUCUCAAAGGGAUCCAAUCCUUUUGAAUUUAGCAUAGCCCUAGUUGUAAUCCCUUUUGAUAAAAGGGUCUUUGCUUCUGAUACAGGAGCACCAUGGAACUUCUGUAAAUAAUUUUUGUAUAAAUCUGUAUAAAUUUGGUGUGCACUUAAAAAAAAAACCCAAUGCAUUACAGCUGCUGCUGUCUGUGUGGGGCCAUGUUGGAAUUAAAAUGAAAUUUUUGGGGUUGGUUUUUUUUUUGGUUUUUUUUUUGGGAACAUCUUUGUCUCUUCCCUGGAAAUGGGUCUGGUGCUCAGGCCUGUAGAUUUAAUUGUAAGGUUGCUGCUGCAGACAUGAGACCAAAGCAUAUGACUUGUCAAUGUGCAGUACGUCAGGAUUAAAGACUGAUGCUAAACCACA